GCUCUGCGCCACCGUUGGUUGGACCGGGUGUGGCCGCAGUUUGCUUCUGCGUUUGCGCAACGUCUGGGUGUGUCCGGCGGCGUGUGCAGCGUUUGCGCCAUUUGGGGUGUGGUCGGCGGUGUGCGCGGAAGCUCGGGGGCAGGUGCAGAUACUCGGGAAAUAUGGACGGACGGCCUCCUAAAAGAAAGCUGUCUGAUAGUGGACACGGUUCCAGUACCAGAACAUCUGAACGGAGCUACUCCGGGGAUGAAAACGACAGUGUAAAAGUUCUGCAGAACAGACACAAUGCCAGCAGCAACGGGAAUGGCGGUACCAUUUGUACCGUCUCGGCUGGAGAUGGCAGGUACGUGAUUGCAGAGAGGGGUCGGCGCCUUGGACGUAAUAUACAAGAUAUGGGUAUUAACACCCGGCAGACCAUGGCUCACGUGAAGGAUCGUAAGACAGGAACAAGCGGGAGCCCACUGAAGCUUGUGACCAACUUGUUUGGCUUGGGGUUAUCCAGCCAGUGGCUACUGUACCAGUACCAUGUGGACUUUAACCCCGCCAUCGCCUCCAUGAGACUUAAGGCUGCCUUACUGUACAGUCACGGGGAGAUUCUGGGCACUGCCCGUGCAUUUGACGGAGCUAUGCUUUUCUUGUCACGCAAACUGGACGACAAGGUUACGGAACUGACCAGCACUACAAAGAAUGGGGAAGUUAUAAAGAUCACAGUGACCCUGACAGCUACACAGCCAGCCGGGUCUCCCGUCAGCAUCCAGUUCUUCAAUGUUCUGUUCAAGAGGGUAUUUAAAUGUCUCAACAUGUACCAGGUGGGACGCAAUUACUACAGUCCUUCGGACCCCGUGGAAAUUCCUCAGCACAAGUUGAUGCUCUGGCCCGGUUUCUCCAUCUCCGUCACAAAUCUGGAAAGUCAGCUAACUCUGAGCGCCGACGUGAGCCACAAAGUUCUACGCAGUGAGACCGUCCUGGAUUUCAUGAAUGAGCUCUACUCUAGGAUUCCCGUGGAGCGUUUCACCGAUGCCUGUGAAAAAGAGAUUCUGGGGAUGGUUGUGCUGACCAGGUAUAACAAUAAGACAUACAGAGUUGACGACAUAAAUUGGUCCACCAAGCCAACAGACAAAUUCCCAAAAAAGGAUGGAACUGAGAUUUCCUACGUGGAUUAUUAUAAACAGCAAUACAAUCUAGAGUUGACCGAUCUAUUCCAGCCCAUGCUUGUCAGCGCCCUGAAGGUAAAAAAGAAGGAUGUCUGUGACGUUCCCCGUGCUGUCCACCUGCUCCCAGAAUUGUGCUACAUCACUGGACUGUCGAGCCGGGCACUUACGGACUUCCGCCUGAUGAAGGACCUGUCCAUGGAAACACAAUUAAACCCGGAGCGCAGGCAACAGAGAUUGCAGCGGCUGGCAGAAAACAUUGAGGAGAAUCGGGGGGCGAGCUCGGAGCUGGGAAAGUGGGGACUGCGACUUCAGCAGCAGUUGUCUGUCACCGGCCGCCUGGUGCCACCGGAGAAGAUUUGUAUGAGGGACAAUAUAUGCCAACCGAUGUCAGCUGCGGACUGGUCUCGGGAGACACGGAACGCAAGGGUGAUCAGCGCUAGCUCCCUCUCCAACUGGCUGCUGCUAUUUACCCACCGCAAUGGGGACAUCGUUGAACAGCUGAUUUACAGCCUGAAGAAAGUAGGAGAUGGAAUGGGCUUUAAUAUUGAAUACCCCAAAACAGUACAAGUAGAAGACAGCUCUAUCUCUUACCUGCGUGCUCUGCAGCAGCACGUGACCCGCGACGUUCAGCUGGUGUUCUGCAUCCUGCCUUUCAAUUCAAAGGAUAACUAUGAUUGCAUAAAGAAGUUCCUGACGGUGGAGUUACCGGUUCCCAGCCAGUGUGUGCAGUCCCGCACGCUAAGCAAGCAGCACAUGCUGAUGAGUGUGGCUAACAAGAUCACCAUGCAGAUGAUCUGUAAGAUAGGAGGAGAGCUGUGGUCCGUGGAGAUUCCCCUCAAGUCGCUCAUGGUGAUCGGGAUUGAUGUCAACAAAGACGCGCUGAAUAAAUCUCAUUCAGUCGUUGGGUUUGUGGCCAGCACCAAUUCUAGGCUCACAAAGUGGUUUUCACAAUGCAUCAUUCAAAAGACAUCAACAGAUUUUGCCGAUUGCCUGAAAGUGUGCAUGAGAGGCGCAAUUGAAAGGUGGCAGAAAUGCAAUAAUGAACUACCGGGCCGCAUUAUCAUCUACCGUGAUGGCGUCGGGGAUGGACAGUUACAGAUGGUUUUGGAUUAUGAAAUCCCCCAAAUUCUGAGCUACUUUACUGAGACCCGGACUGCUUACAGCCCUAAGAUGACGGUGGUUGUGGUGAGAAAACGGUGUACCGUACGAUUUUUCAGCGAAUCAAACAGAGGGUUACAGAACCCGCCGCUGGGCACCAUCGUUGACAGCGAAGCUACAAGACCUGAAUGGUACGACUUUUUCCUGAUCAGCCAAAAUGCUCGCCAGGGGUCUGUGAACCCCACUCACUACAACGUGCUUUUCGACACCAAUUGUUUGAAGCCGGACCACCUGCAGCGAUUAACGUAUAAAAUGUGUCACCUGUACUACAAUUGGCCGGGGGUGAUCCGCGUGCCCGCUCCCUGCCAGUACGCACAUAAGCUCACCUUUCUCGUUGGGCAGAGCAUACACCGAGAGCCCAGCCUGGAGCUAUCACAUACCUUGUUCUACCUAUAAGUGCUUGAUCUGUUUCCUGAAGCAGGAAGGUAACAUGCUGCCCUUGUGAAUAAAACAAGGGGUCGGUCUGGACCACUGUACAUCUCUGAUUGAAGUGUUGCUUCAUGUCACAUUUUAUACACGGUUUUAUGAGAAUGUUCUUCAUCUUUUGUAACCAAUGUCUAGUUUGUUAUUAAAACCUUAUUGUUUGUA